AUGGUAACUGAGGAUAAAACAUAUACUUGUACCGUGACGGAUAGUGGUGCAGAUGAACAACAAGAGUUCGUUCAUCUGGAUGUGUAUGAGGUCAAAGCCGUCAACGCUGUGGUAAAACCAGGUACAGACGCAACUAUCUCCUGUGUGAUUGAGGGAAUAACAAGCCAAGUUAAAGUGGAAUGGCUGGAAUCUUCAGAAGAAAUUAUCGUGGCUGACUCUAACUACACUCCAAACCCUGGAACAAUAGAAAACAACAGUCAGACGGCUACCCUGGAGGUUACGGGAGCUGCAGAAGAAACAACUUUCACUUGCAGAGUCACAUCUGGACAGUUCCCUAGUUCACCAUCUUCUGACACAGAAGUGCAACUCAAUGUUUACGUUGUGACAGCCCACAGCGCUGAGGUAAAAUCCGGCACAGACGCUACCAUUUCCUGUGUGAUAGAAGGAAUAACUAGCCAGAUUGAAGUGGAAUGGGUGGGGGCUCACGUAGAAGAUGAUAACUACACUCAAAAAUCUGGUACAUUGGAUGGCGACAGUCAGACAGCUACCCUUGAGGUUACGGGAGCUGCUGUUACAGAAGAUAAAACCUUCGCUUGCAGAGUCACAUCUGAACAGUUCCCUGAUUCUUCCGUGUCUGUAACUAGUGUACAGCUCAAUGUUUAUGAGGUUCAUGCCGUCAACGCUGAGGUAAAAUCAGGUACAUACGCAACUAUUUCCUGUGUGAUAGUGGGAAUUACAAGCCUUGCUACCGUGGAAUGGGUAGGACCUUCAGGUACUGAUAUUUCAGGUGACUCUAACUACACUCCAAAAUCUGGGACAUUGGAUGGCGACAGUCAGACAGCUACCCUGGAGGUUACGGGAGCUGCUGUUACAGAAGAUAGAACUUUCACUUGCAGAGUCACAUCUGGACAGUUCCAUAGUUCACCAUUUUCUGACACAGAAGUGCAGCUCAAUGUUUACGGAUGUUCAAAAGACCCCAAAUUCACAUUUACAAUCGCGGGUAACACUGAGGAUACAGUAAAAGUAGGAGAGACUGUGACGGUCUCCUGUGCUCCUGGAUCCACACCAUCUGGUUCAGAUAAAUAG